GUCAAUCCACCUUAAGUGAAAAUGAGGAAGUCAAAGCUUGUUCCAGUUCUCGUUCCCUCGCAGGAUUUUUGGUUUGUGUAGCCUUGGACUAUAUUUAACAAGAUGUAUAUGCUUGUACAAACACACACGGCGGACCUGCUACAUCUGAAGAGGUCGCCUGGGAUUCGCGCGUGGUCAUUACUUGUUGGUAUGUUAUCCAUUGGACUUGCUGCUGCAUACUACAGUACAGAUAGCCUGUGGUGGAAGGCAUUUUAUGUGACCGGCUGUUUAUUUGUGGCCCUUCAAAACAUGGAGGAGUGGGAGGAAGCUGUGUUUGAUAAGGCCCGCAACAUAAUUGAGCUGAAGACAUUCAGUCUAUAUGCGCUGGUGCUCACAGUGACACGUGGGGGCCAUAACACAGUGGUAUUGGACAUGCAGCACCUACGUGAUCUGAGUGUACGGGAGGAGACUGUCCGCUACUUGGGGAAAGGAUAUGUUCUCAUAUUGCACAUGGAGACAGGGUUUUCUUACCCACUCACUCAGAAUGCCGUGCUGGCAGGAAAACGUGAUGUGGAAGCAGUUGAAGCACUUCUCAGACGUUUUCUUGUCCUGGAGGAGGGAUCAUGUGCUUCACAAGGAAUUGAGCGAGAUGCAGAACUGGAAGCGCACAGUGGUCUGAAUGACAGUAGUGAUUCAGAGGAUUAAAAUAAAUGUUUUUUACCAUAUGAGGUCAAA